ACAAACUCAUCGUCAUCAUAACCUCAAAGAAACUUUCCGCAAGUAAGCAGCGAAACUACAUUCUUGUUAUCGUGAACAAUUAAUUUGUGAAAUUGUGGAUUUUCACGUAACACUUUAGUGAAUAAAUAAUUCAAUUCAGUAGUCCAUAUCCCUUGUGAUCAUGUCCCGCGGAAGUAGUGCCGGAUUUGACCGCCACAUUACGAUUUUCUCUCCGGAGGGUCGUCUCUAUCAAGUUGAGUAUGCCUUCAAGGCAAUUAAUCAGGAGGGACUGACGUCGAUCGCGCUUAAAGGAAAAGAUGUUGCGGUUGUGGCCACCCAGAAGAAAAUCCCCGACAAGCUGAUCGAUCCCACCACCGUUACUCAUCUGUAUCGGCUAACCAAGACCAUCGGAUGUGUCAUGACUGGCCGGAUUGCCGACUCCAAGUCGCAGGUGCAACGGGCCCGCUAUGAGGCGGCCAACUGGCGCUACAAGUACGGAUAUGAGAUGCCGAUCGAUGUACUGUGCCGGCGGAUGGCCGACAUUUCGCAGGUGUACACGCAGAACGCCGAAAUGAGACCACUGGGAUGCAGCAUGGUUCUGAUCGCGUACGACGACGAGAACGGUGCAUGUGUGUACAAAACCGACCCGGCCGGAUACUACUGUGGCUACCGGGCCAUUUCGGUCGGCGUGAAGCAAACCGAAGCCAACAGCUAUCUGGAGAAGAAGUUGAAGAAGAAAACCGACUUCAACGAGCAGGAGGCCAUUCAGAUGGCCAUCACAUGUCUGUCCACGGUGCUAGCGGUGGAUUUCAAACCAUCGGAAAUCGAGCUGGGAGUGGUGAGCAAAGACAAUCCCGAGUUCCGGACUCUUACCGAGGAUGAAAUCGAAGUCCACCUGAGCGCGAUUGCUGAAAAGGAUUAAACCAAUCUAACACAUAUGUGGAUGAUCUUCAUUUAUUCAUUUAAUUCGCCAAUUCAAGGGAUGGAAAUACACGUUUAUUGAAAGUA